CCUUACCAGUUAGGGUGAACCUCAUCAGAUUUCAAAUUCAAUGGGGUGACGUCAGAGUUGUACAUCCCACGGAUCCCGUAUAGCAAUGACGCGGAUGGCUAUUGAAAGCCCUUUGCUGUAGCUGGAGAGUGGAAGGUUAGAAAGUCUUGGUCUGAGUAGCAGGGUGGUAGGAUGGCGGAAGCGUUCCUAGAUGGGAAGGAUGCUCACUCUCUCCUCAAGCGCUUCCCCCGAGCCAACAGUUUCCUGGAGGAGUUCAGACAGGGUAACAUCGAACGGGAGUGUGUGGAGGAGAGCUGCAGCUUCGAGGAGGCCAAUGAAGUGUUCGAGAACAAAGAGAGAACAAUGGAGUUCUGGAAGACUCGCAGUGUGUACACAGUGAGCAGCCACGAGCAGACCAGGGACGGACGUUCAGAGGGCCACCUCUACAUGGUGGUUCCCCUGCUGGGUGUGGCUCUCCUCCUCCUCAUCGCCCUCUUCCUCAUCUGGAGGUGCCAGCUGCAGAAGGCCACACGGCGGCGGCCCGCCUACACCCAGAACCGCUACAUGAACAACCGCAACACCCGCAGCCUGCCGCGCAUCCUGGUCCACCGGGACACGCCAUCCCACUCCGAGACCCCCUUAUCCAGGCCCACGGUGGUGGUGAGUGGGGUGGAGAGAAUAGUAGGAGGAAGUGGAGGAGGGUCGCUGGUUUGCGCUGCAAACGUUCCCCAAGAACCUCACUCCCACCCUCAGAACACUCGCUCAGCCCUGUACGUCCAGGAUCCGUCUGUGUCAGUAGCGUCGCGUCUCUCCGGUGCCACACCUCCUCCUUCCUAUGAGGAGGUGACAGGACACCUGGAGAGCAGCAGCGACGAGGUGUCGGCGCCGUACAGCGACCCUCCGCCCAAAUAUGAGGAGAUUAUCAAGGAGAAAUAAGCAGAGGGAGGGAGAGAGGGAUGGAAGGAGGGAGGGAGGCUGGUCCGGGGGCCAUACUGUCAGAUCCAUCCCUCCCUCCAUUGUCCUUGUCUCUAGUCUGAGGGGCUGGCAAACUGCUAGCUAUCCGUGGGAAAGAAUGCACUGUGGUAUCUAAUAUCGUGAAGCACUUGUUGUAUCUAUCGCUGACUGACUACUGUACAAGGUUUGGAACGACGAUGAUUUGUGCUACACUGUGUUUUCUAUCUUGCCAAUGCCUGGGGUUUGGCGGUCUGUUUUGAUUUUGCGUUGUUGUUAUGCAUCAGUGUUUCUCACUGUACUCUGAAUGUGGUGGUCAUUGUUUACUAGUGCGUAUGACUCUGCAGUGAAGCGCUAUAUCCAUAAUAACUGUAUAUUUAUACUGUAUACUUUUCCACCUUUCUCUCAUCACACCAGCUAGUCACUUGGAGAAAUACAAUCGCUGAGUCUACACUGCCUUCCCCCCUAAACACUGAAGAAACAACACCUUUCCCGGACACCCUGAGGCACCUUUAAAUGUGUCAGCCAUCUCAAAUGGUGCCCUAUUCCCUACAUAGUGUACUCACUACUUUUGACCAGGGCCAUUUGGGACGUGGUUGUGAGAGGAAUGGAACAUUGCCAAGUCACCCUCCAUCCCCUGAGAGGAAGAGACUACUGUGUGGAUGAAGGUAGUGAGGAUGUUUCCAAGCCCUCAGUAGUACUUCUUCCUCUCCAGAGUUGUGCCGUGACUCAUGAUAAAGGAGAGUUGAUUUGCCAAAUGUGCACUGCUGAUUACGUGUACUGCUUUCUGAACACACAAAAUGAAAAGAAAAAGUAUAUUCUUUCAUUUAUUGAAAGUAGUAUGGUUUAACAAACAGAAACAGUAGCCAGUGCUUGUGGACUAUGGGACUAUAGGACUAUCUUAUUAUGAAGAGGAUGCAGCCAGACACAGCGGAUGAGUUGGGAUCUUCAGUGUUUCUCCUCUUUGUCUGAAUCCAACGCCAAGGCCGUCUUUCUCCACAUACAUCCUCUGGUCAUGGAAGGGCCUUGAAUUAAGAGGAAACGGAUGCACUCCAAGUGUAUGGUGGGAAGAACACGCAUACUAUCUCAAAAUGUAUCAGGUAUUUGAGUUUUUGGCUAAUUAGAAAAUAAUUGAAUGACCUGAUAAUUAAUUUCAGUCCUUUAUUAAGCUUACCAGUAAAUAUACUAUCUUACACACACAAACAAAGACACACAGGUACGCACGCACGCACAAAGACACACACACACACACACACACACACACAGGUACGCACGCACGCACAAAGACACACACACACACACACACACAGGUACGCACGAAUGCACACACACACACACACACACACCCAACACACACACACACAUGUACGCAUGCACGCACGCACACACACACACACACACCCAACACACACACACACGGGUACGCAGGCACGCACGCACACACACACACACACACACACACACACACACACACACACAAAAACACACACAGAGGAAGCACAAUCAGUAGCUCUGACAACAUUCCAGUCAACCCUCAGCCUAUCCCUCUCAAAGCUGCAGUGAACUUUACAAUGCUGGCUUCAGUACUGCUGUGCUAUAACUGUUUACAAUUGCUACUUUUUAAAAUCUUGUUUGAAUAGAUGCGUAAGAAAUCUCUAGACUAGUGAGCCAUGGUCGGGUAUAUCACCAUCAUGACUGCUGAAUGGUACAAAUGCUCUUCUUUUCUUUAGUCUCUUCUUGUUUUGUUGUUGCUUUUUCACUUGUGUCUCGUUUUGUUGGUGUUCAAACCUUGUUGAACCAGACAUCCACCAACCAGGACAUGCAACAGAAGUAGUGUUUCAGAAUCAGCUCAGGUUGCCAGCAGUAACAGUCUCUAUGUUAUAUACUAACCACUGCCAAUGGCUGGACCAAAUGGGAUCACAAGAUAACUCUGACUUGUACUGCAAUACCUGGAGUACCUGUUUUUUACACAGGGGAGAGAGAAAAGGAGCGACCAAGGGCAGAGAGAGAGAGAUAGGGAGCGGGAGAUGCCCUCUGGCCUGUCUGGGGCCUUCUCAAGGUUAGCAAUGUAAGUGUCUGGCCUGGGCUUAGUCUGCUCUGCAGUUUUCCAAGGAAGGAGGGAUGACAAAACACUAGGGCUUCUGCAGGGAAGGGAAGGAGGGAUGGACACAGGGCUACUGCAAUGGUCCUUCCCUUUCUAGAGGAGCUAGAUGCUGGCUGCUUCUGAUGAUGUGAGCACUGUCUGUCUGCUUCUGAUGAUGCAAGCGUUGUCUGUUUCUGUCUGCUGACUAGUUCCUAGUGUCCCCGGGCUCUCAAGGCUCUUUAUACUGACAUCUAUUCUACAGUUUGUGCUGAUUCAUAUUCAUGGAAUGAACAAUGUGCGAGAGUGUGUGUGCGUGUAUGUGUGUGUGAGAUCCUGUAUUUGUGCCCAAACUCUCCUUAAAAAUUCACUUCACUAAAGAUUGAAAUACUCCACAAAAACAAUUGUUUAUGUUCUUUACUAUAUCUAUAUAUUCAUGCAUGUACAUGUAAAUAUACAGUGCGUUCGGAAAGUAUUCAGACCCCUUGACUUUUUCCACAUUUUGUUAUGUUACAGCCUUAUUCUAAAAUUGAUUAAAUACUGUUUUCCCCUCAGAAGUCUACACACAAUAACCCAUAAUGACAUGUUUUUCGAAUAUUUAGCAAAUGUAUAACCCCCCCCCCAAAAACAUACCUUAUUUACAUGAGUAUUCAGACCCUUUGCAAUGAGAAUCGAAAUAGAGCUCAGGUGCAUCCUGUUUCUACUGAUCAUCCUUGAGAUGUUUCUACAACUUGAUUGGAAUCCACCUGUGGUAAAUACAAUUGAUUGGACAUGAUUUGGAAAGGCACACACCUGUCUAUAUAAGGUCCCACAGUUGACAGUGCAUGUCAGAGCAAAAACCAAGCCAUGAGGUCGAAGGAAUUGUCCGUAGAGAUCCGAGACAGGAUUAUGUAGAGGCACAGAUUUGGGGUUGGCGUACCAAAAAAUGUCUGCAGUAUUGAAGGUCCCAAAGAACACAGUGGCCUCCAUCAUUCUUAAAUAGAAGACUUUUGGAACCACCAAGACUCUUCCUAGAGCUGGCCGCCCAGCCAAACUGAGCAAUCGGGGGCGAAGGGCCUUGGUCAGUGAGGUGACCAAUAACCAGAUGGUCACUCUGACAGAGCUCUAGAGUUCCUCUGUGGAGAUUGGAGAACCUUCCAGAAGGACAACCAUCUCUGCAGCACUCCCCCAAUCAGGCCUUUAUGGUAGAGUUGCCAGAUGGAAGCGACUCCUCAGUAAAAGGCACAUGCCAGCACAUCUGGAGCUUGCCAAAAGCCACCUAAAGACUCCCAGACCAUGAGAAACUAGAUUAUUUGGCCUAAAUGCCUAAAGGAAACCUGGCACCAUCCCUACGGUGAAGUAUGGUGGUGGCAUUAUCGUGGUGGCAUUAUCAUGCUGUGGGGAUGUUUUUCAACAGCGGGGACUGAGAGACGAGUCAGGAUCGAGGGAAAGAUGAACGGAGCAAAGCACAGAGAGAUCCUUGAUGAAAACCUGCUCCAGAGCGCUCAGGACCUCAGACUGGGGUGAAGGUUCACCUACCAACAAGAUAACGACCCCAAGCACAAAGCCUGCGUAUGAGUGGCUUUGGGACAAGUCUCUGAAUGUCCUUGAGUGGCCAAGUCAGAGCUCAGACUUGAACCUGAUCAAACAUUUCUGGAGAGACCUGAAAAUAGCUGUGCAGCAACGCUCCCCAUCCAACCUGACAGAGAUUGAGAAGAUCUGCAGAGAAGAAUGGGAGAAACUCCCCAAUUACAGGUGUGCCAAGCUUGUAGCAUCAUACCCAAGAAGAAUUGAGGUUGUAAUUGCUGCUAAAGGUUCUUCAACAAAGUACUGAGUAAAAGGUCUGAAUACUUAUGUAAAUGUCAUAUUUCAGUUUUUUAUUAUUAAUACAUUUGAAUUAAACCUGUUUUUGCUUUGUCAUUAUGGAUUAUUGUGUGUAGAUUGAUGAGGGAAAAAACUAUUUAAU